UUGUCUUUUUAGGGCUGCACCCUCGGCAUAUGGUUCCCAGGCUAGGGGUCUAAUCGGAACUGUUGCUGCUGGCCUACGCCACAGCCACAGCAACACCAGAUCUGAGCGGCGUCUGUGACCUACAUCACAGCUCAGGGCAACGCCAGAUCCUCAACCCACUGAGCGAGGCCAGCGAUUGAACCUGCAACCUCGUGGUUCCUAGUCGGAUUCAUUUCCGCUGCGCCACAACAGGAACUCCCCAUACUUACGUGUUUUAAAAAAGCCAAGAGCAAAUGUGUGUUUUUGUUAGUGGUGGUGGUGAGCAUGUCUACAGAUUUGGCAGUAAUGCAUAAAUUUGUCAAACAGCCCUUCCAAAAUUAUACUUGUGAAAUACACACACACACACACACACACACACAAAUUGAUCUUAAAAAAUUUAAAACUAAAAAGACUAAUCACAUCAAGUGCCAUCAAGGAUGUAGAGAAAGUGGGACACUGCACACGGGAAUGUGAGACAGUACAUUUGCUUUGAAAACAAUUUGGCAGUUUCUUAGAAAGUUAAAAGUACACCUAAACAUAUGCUCUAAUCACCCUACUCCUGGGCAUUAAGCCAAGUGGGUCCUUAACCCACUUAGGAACUCCUGAGACGUUUCUCAAUGCACUGGACAUAAGGCAACAAAACCAUCUCGCCUGGGAAUGGGGCCUGAGCCCUUCUGAGCUCAGAGUCUGUGCAUGCAGUGGGGCAGAGCAGCACAGAGCGCCAGAGAGAAGGUCCCUAGCCAGGACAGAAAGGCCAGUGCGGGCAGAGGAGGACAUGGGUGAGCUUUCUUGAAGUGGGCGGCAUCUAUCUGAUCUCAGUACUUGGACUGAGUUGAGGUCUGGGGGGCACACACAGAGGUAAGGCACCGACAAGCAAUUUUCAGUUGGCGGACGUUAAGUUCUACACAGGAGGUAGGGAGAGGUGAGGUAGGACAGCUACUAUAUUGGUAUUGGAAUGGUCAGUACUGAUCAGUACUGGUGUGGUGAGGCCAUAAUGUCUUUGAAUUCAGGUUAUGCCUUCUGAGCACACUGGGGAGGCCAUGGAGGCGUCUUGUUUUCCAAAUGUAAACACCUCUAUUGUUUGUUGUUGUUGUUAGAGAAAAUACACGUCCAUCAUAACAUACAAAGUCAAGGAAUUCAAAAAGGUAUAAAGAGCAUUCUUUAUAAGUAUAAAGCACCCUUAACCCUAGGCCAUUAGGGUUGCGGUCCCACUGCCACAUUCCAGGGUAGGUCCCUCUGGACGUUGCGUUCUGUGUGUGUUUAAAUACAGAGAGUGGGAGGGGAGGACGCCCUCAUUGGUCCUCACUCAUCCCUCACACCCCCAAGUCCUUCCAAGUAAACACUUCCUUGCUAUAAUCCUGCACCGGCCUCCCUCACACCAGGCCCAAGGGUCCUGACUUAAACAGUCUGAGUGCCUGGUCCUCAACCUUUCUCUCCAUGAAAACAUCCGGAGCAAUGUUAGGACAACCGACUAUCAGUGAAGAUGGUCCUUCACUGCCCCGGCUUCAGAGCUUUCCCCUCUCCAACAGCGAGACGGUCUGCUACCAUCUGCUACCAUCGGUGCCUACGGUUACGCCUAGCCUCCAGGCAUUCAGAAGGCAGCUCCCUCUACACCCAGUUUCAAGCAUCCCGCUCUACCACCCUCUGGCCCCAGCGACAUUUCUUCCACUCCACUGGGAUCUCCAGUUCAGCGCACACGGUACCUUUCCACUGCCACCGUCCCUUCGUGUCCUCACUUCUCAGCCAGCCUGGAUCCACGUCGGAGCACCGCCAUUCCCUCGCCCCCUCCUUUUGCUGCACAUACCAGAAGACCAACUCAUUGGCCACUCCAAGUGGCUGGAGAACAAAACCGGGUUGCCUAGUUUCUCGGUCAAAUUACAACCCCGUAUCUCAAACCCGCAGGGCCUCCAAACAAGCCCCAGGAUUUCAAUCGACUUGCUCUCCUAACCGGGGAGGUCUUCUCAAAGCACCUAACCACCUCUCCAAACACUUCCACGACUUCAUUUAAAGGUCAGACUUCGUAGAGUCUUCGGCAGAGCAGAAAAGGGAGACACGGCGGCUCGGGUGGCAGGAGCGAGAACAAGGGGCGUCGCCAGGGGCAGGCGGAAGCGCGCAAAGCCAUCCUGGAAGACGCUGCCCGGAACCUGCCACUUCCAACGGCCGUCCCAGCAGGCCAGCGCCUUUUGCGUCAUUCCCGGCGACGGCGCUCGUGACAUCAUCUGAGCUGGGGCGGUGCCUUCGCGUCAUUCCCGGCGACUGCGGCGGCUCGUGACGACGUCGGGUCGCCGGUGCGCGGGGCUGGGCCGGACGGCGACUCCUGUGCGGGGCGCUGGCCUCUGUGGUUCAUGCACAGAGAAGAGGCGAGCUCGCCAGCCGGCCGGGCGCCCGCGGGGCGGGGCCUCCCUCCGUCCGCUGCCCAGCGCUCCCGGCCGGCGUGGGGAGGCCGCCGGGACGCCUUGCGUACGUCCGUGCCGCACAUCCCGACGCGCUACGUCGCCGGCGUCGCCUUUUGCGCGUCAUGACUUCCGGGCACCGAGGUCGCCAUCUUCCUCGCGCGGAAGCGGCGCCGCUGGGUGGGAGCUCGGAGGCGGGAGUCGCGGACGGUGCGGCUACCGCAAUGCCGUCGUCGCCGUUGCGGGUGGCGGUGGUGUGCUCGAGCAACCAGAACCGGAGCAUGGAGGCGCACAACAUCCUCAGCAAACGAGGGUUCAGCGUACGGUCCUUCGGGACAGGGACUCACGUGAAGCUCCCGGGACCAGCGCCCGACAAGCCGAACGUCUACGAUUUCAGAACCACGUACGACCAGAUGUACAACGACCUCCUCAGGAAGGACAAAGAACUCUACACGCAGAAUGGCAUUUUGCACAUGUUGGACAGAAACAAGAGAAUCAAGCCCCGGCCAGAAAGGUUCCAGAACUGCAAAGACCUGUUUGACCUGAUCCUUACCUGUGAAGAGCGGGUGUACGACCAGGUGGUGGAAGAUCUGAAUUCCAGGGAGCAGGAGACCUGCCAGCCCGUGCACGUGAUCAACGUGGACAUCCAGGACAACCACGAGGAGGCCACGCUGGGGGCCUUCCUCAUCUGUGAGCUCUGCCAGUGCAUUCAGCACACGGAGGACAUGGAGAACGAGAUCGACGAGCUGCUGCAGGAGUUCGAGGAGAAGAGCGGCCGGGCCUUCCUCCACACAGUCUGCUUCUACUGAGCCCGCGCCUGCCGCCCCCACCGCCCGGAGCCGCCCCUGGACUGCCCUCCGCUCCUCCGCUGUCCUCUGGCCUUGUCUCUCCCUCGAGUGCCGCUGGCGGACGGGGGCGGUUCCCUCACAAACUGUGCCCGUGAAACGAGAGGAUAGACACAAAUGCCAGAUGCAAAACAAUCAGGUUUCUUCUGUCCUGCUCUUACUCCUAAGUGGGAUGUUGAUUAUCGAGUUUUUGUCUUUAACCAAAAAAGAGAAAAACGGUUCAUCGCACAUCCCCCCGAAUGCCUGCCGCUCACGGACCGUCCCUCACUGGCUGGAAUGUGCAAAUCCAUGAAUAAAGCAACAGGCUGGACUUGGGGGAGAGACCCCGCA